AUGCUGCCAUCCAUCUUCUUCAAAUCGAGAAGAAUAUCCGCUAUAUUAUUACAUCGAUCCAUUCAAACAAAAACAUUUUCUUAUAAAAAACGUAUUCAACGAUUGUAUAAUGAUGGAAUAAAUUUAGAACAACAAACUGUUGAAAUCAAUCCUAUAGAACGUAUUCGUCGAUGUUCACUCUACAAAAAUGAUGAUAUAUGGACUUUAUAUAAAACAACGUAUCCCAAUGUACGAACGCUUGGUGAUGCUUUGCAUGAAGGAUAUAUUAAUUCAAAGGAUGGACCAUGUAUAGGUGUUUUAAAAUCAUCGAAUGGUGUUGAUUCAUUACAAUGGCUUUCUUAUUCCAAUGUUAAAGAACAAUGUCGAUAUAUUGGUUCAUAUUUAUGGGCAAAAACAAAACUAACACCAAUGCAAUCGAAAGUAGCUAUUCUAUCAGCAAAUCGUCCUGAAUAUUUAUUUGUUGAACAAGCAUGUUAUAAAUAUGGAUUUAUUGUUAUUAGUCUCUAUACUACUUAUGAUGCUGCAACUAUUUUAAAUGUUCUUCAAAGAACUCAAUCUGAUGUACUUGUAGUCGACAAUAUAGAACGUAUUCAAACAUUUCAAGAUGAAUUAUUGAAAAAUAAUCAAAUCAAAGAGAUAUUAGUUAUGGAUGACGGAAACUAUGAUGAGAACAGUAAAAUUCGUUCUCUUUCAACAAUAUUCAAAUCAAUAAAGAAUAAUUAUUUAUGUGAACGACCAAUAGUUAAUCCAGAUAGUAUUGCUACAUUUAUUUUGACGAGUGGAACAACAGGGGAACCAAAAAUUGCUAUGGUAUCACAUGAAAAUCUCUUGGCAACAGCAAAAGGUCAUCUUAUGCGUUUAGAUAAAGCUAAUAUUAAAGGACCUUUAAUUGAUCGACACUGUUCAGUUUUACCUAUGGCUCAUAUAUAUGAACGAUUUAUACUUUUACAAGCUUUAUUAAGUGGUACACAACUAGUAUUUUGUCCUGAACCUGAAAAACUUCCAAAGUACUUAUCAAUUGUAAAACCAACUCAAGCUUCAGUUGUACCUCGGAUUUUAAAUAAAGUUUAUGAUGCAAUUAUGACUGAAGUAAAUAAAAGUAAAAUAAAACGAUUUCUUGUUCAACAAGCAUUACGUGAACAACCGUCGUUUCUCUCACAUUUUGCUUUUCGUAAAGUUAAAAAUCUAUUCGGUAAUGAGGUAAAAGUAAUGAUAACAGGUGGAGCACCUAUCACACCAGAUGUUAUGCAUUUUUUUCGUAUUGCACUCGAUAUACCAAUUAUGGAAGGAUAUGGUCAAACAGAAUCAGCAGGUGCUGGUACGUGUACUCAUCCAACGGAUAUGUUAUAUGGCGCAAUAGGUUCGCCUGUACCAGUUGUCGAAAUGAAGUUGAUUGAUGUACCUGAUACAACCUAUCGAAGUGAUAUAAAUCAAGGAGAAGUCUGUAUUCGUGGACCAACUGUUUUUAAAGGCUAUUAUAAUGAUGAAGCAAAAACAAAGGAAAUCAUUGAUAAAGACGGUUGGUUGCAUACAGGUGAUGUAGGAGAAUGGACAAGUAAUGGAGCAUUACGUAUUAUUGAUCGUACAAAACAUAUAUUUAAGCUAUGUCAAGGAAAAUACAUUGCACCAGAACGUCUUGAAGAUAUUUAUAUUCGUUCUCGAUGGGUUGCACAAAUUUUUAUUGAUGGAAUUUCUACUGAAACAACUGUCGUAGCUAUUGUUAUACCUGAUGAAGAAUAUAUUCGAAAGAAUUUUCAAGCAAUAAACACUAAAACAACAUUUGCUGAUUUGUGUAAGAAUCCUAAAUUAAAAGAAAUUAUUUUAUCCGAUUUAAAACGAUUGUCAGAAGAAUAUAAACUUAAAACUUAUCAAACAUUGAGCAAUAUCUAUCUUCAUCCGGAAUUAUUUACGCAAAACAAUGGACUUCUUACAGUAACAUUGAAAACACGACGAGCAAAUGCUCGACAACAUUUUCAAUCAAUAAUUAAAUCACUUUAUCAAGUCGAUUCAACUACGACAAACAAUAUUUCAUAG